AUGGCUGCAGCGGAUUGCGUGCUGGCAAUAGACUGGCCGAGCUUGACAGACCCACGGAAGGAGGAGAAGAUCCAUGUACUUCAGGACCUGGGCUUCUCGCCCUGCGAGGAAGUGGAGUCGCCGGUGGCCAUUGAGCUACGUCUCCAGAUGGAGGGAGCACCACCUCGUGAGCUAAGCCGCACAUCGCGGGACCUGCUGGUGGAUGUCAUGCAGGUGCUGGUGAUGACGGACUUGGAGCUCUGCUUCUGGCCUCCUCAGUGCUCCGAGGAAGAGGCGCGGCAUUCGUUGUCCCAGCUGAGCCCCUGUGUGCGUCGCAGGGCGGUCUUGGCUGCGCGGAAGUUGUUGAGGCCACAACUGGCCGAGGCAGCAUCGGCAUGUGACCUCUCCGGCAUUGCCCGUGCGGAGGCCGUGAAGGUGGACGGUGCGAAAAGCCUCGCGCUUCCGCGGGCCGAGAGCCACUCGGCUCUUCGAGUCGUGGAGGUCCCAGCGAGGGGCCUCGGCGUGGUGGUUCUGGAGGAUCUCAAUAGUGGAGAAGAGCUCUUCGCCAUCCCUGAGGAGAAGCUGCUCAAUAUACACAGCGCUCUCAAGUCUGAGCACUUCGGGGGCCUUGCGGAGCAGCUGCUGCACGUCGGCCUUCACGUGGAGGCCGUGACUAUGCUGUUUGCAAUCGCAGAACACAGGCGCUGCCAGGCGUCGCCCACCGCGGAAUCCCCGUGGAGGGCGGUGCUCGAGCGCGCGCCGCAGCUCGACGAGGACCUGCUGCCAAUAACCUGGCCGAUAGAGGCCCUGGAGGCCUUAGGAGAACAAAUCUCCAAGCUCGUCGAGGAAACUCAGCUGACCCUCUGGGCUCUGUCUCGGGAGGUGUCCACAGCCUUGGCCGCUGCGGCAAAGGCCGCGAAGUGCAUGGGAGGAGCCGUGAGUUUCGACGACCUCCUCUGGGCCAGGUGCCUUUUCGACAGCCGCGCGGUGUCGCUGGAAAUCAAGGCAGAUUGCCCACACAUCGCCGGAGUGCAGUUUCCUUCCCGUGUCGUCUGCCUCGCCCCUGAGGUGGACCUGCUCAACCACAGCUCCUCAGGAGCCUGUGCACCGCCUUACUUCGACAACCAGCGGCGCGCGCUGGUCGUCGAGCUGGCAGCACCCGUUCGCAGCGGUUCAGAGGUCUGCCUUUCCUAUGGCCCUCUGCAGAGCUGGGAGCUCCUCUUCUACUACGGCUUCUGCCCAGAGGCCAACCCCCACGAUCGGCUUAUCAUCAACGUAGACCUGCCCGAUGACGAAGGCAUCAGCGAGAAGGAGGUGGUGUUGCAACUGCAGGGCAUCCCCACCGAGUUGGCCUUGCGACCCGGCCCUGUCCAGGUCGCCGAGUCCUGGGCUUGCCUGGGCACCUUGCCUCCCCAGCUGCUGAGGUGUUUUCGCGUGCUGCUCGGGGAGAUUCAUUGCCUGGAUGUCGACGCUGCCCCUGGAGAUGGGGCGAUGUUGGAGCUGGACCUGCAAUGCUUGGAGGCGAUCCAGGACCUGCUGGUCGGCUUGCUGGAGCCGUUGCUGACAGCAGUGCCAGGAGGAGGGGAGCCACCCUUCUGGUAA